UUCGCGCAUGCGCACACGUUUCAGUUGUCAAACGGUGGUUAUGGAGAUAAACGUAGGCAGCUGCUGUACUUGGAGCUCAGGUACAGGAUGCCUCAUAAGAUAGGCUUCACUGUGAUCAGCUGGUCUGGUCAUGAAGGAAACUACAGUGCCAAAAAGCUGAUGGUCCAUGCGCCCACUGUCAGUGGCUGGAGAUCCACCAGGUUCUGUCCAUUCCCUCAGGAAAUCAUAUUGCAGUUGGUUGAGAGAUGUUGCAUCAGGAAACUCCAGCUACUGGCCCAUCAGUACCUGAUCCCAUCCAAGAUCGAGUUCCACAUUGGAGACAGACUGCCGGAGUCCAGCUCGCCUCAGCAGACUCAUAAUCUUCACAGAUUGGGGUAUGUGUCUCUCUCUGACAACGAGAAGACUGGUUUCAGAGCCAGAGAGCUGAAGUCUGUUCAUGUUGAUGCUGUUGGGUCUUACUUGAAGCUUACCUUUCACAGAAACCAUGUUAAUCAAUACAACAGCUACAAUCAGGUUGCAUUGGUGGCCCUAAAUAUUUUGGGUGACCCUGUGGAUGGAAAUGAGAUUGGGACAGCACUAAGCAAAGAUCAGCUGAUUGAUCAAUAUUUAAACAACAGCCUAUACAGCUCAGCUUUGGAUGGCACAUACACUGGGCUCUCAAGUUAUAAAUGUGACUCUAUCUCGCCGCUCGAUGACUUGGCGUUUGACAUGUAUCAGGACCCCGAGGUGGCCCAUAUCAUUCGACUGCUGGACCAGAAAAAACAGGACAUGGUUCGGGAGGAAAGAUUUGAACUGGCCAAAAAACUCAAACAAGCUAUCGCAGACCUGCAAAAGGUGGGCGAGCGUUUGGGCCGGUAUGAUGUGGAGAAACACAGUGCCAUAGAACGAGAGGACUAUGACACAGCUAAGCAGAAAAAGGAACAAUUGGAAGCUUACAGGCUCACAGUCUACCAGCAGCUGGAGCUCCACGACCUGCUGGACAUCAGUCAGAUCCACAGAAUUUCCGAGGUUUCCAACUCUGAAUUUCCCUCUCCACGUGUUGGUACACAGAAACACGCGCCUCAUCCAGCAGACUCACCCAGGAAGAGAAGACAGAGGCAACAUGUGAAGGAGACAGAUGAGCAGGACACUUCAGAAGCAGCUAGCCCCAAACAUACAGUCGCCCCAACACCCCUCACUCCUCCUCACUUCCCCAAGAUCGAUAUCAGUUCCCUUCCUUAUGAUGAGAGGCCUUUACCUGCUCUUAGGAAGAGGUCGAGUGAUCAGCCAGUCAGUGAGCUCGAUGAGAUGCCCCCUCUGACAGACACAGCCACCCCAUGUAGCCCUGGGGCCGCAGGACAACCAGAACCGCUCACAGAGAAAGCUCAGAGAGAGGCCAGUCUGCCCAUUGACAUCUGUGGAGACAGUCUGGUGGCAGGGGCCUAUUCCAAGACAUGGUCCUACAGGGAGGAUGCUUUGCUGACAGUCUACAAGAAACUGUUGGAGGUUCCAUCUGGAACCCCAAAAGCAGAACUGCGGAGCAUGACUAGAGCAGCUGUGUUCCUCUGCAAGAAAGCUCUCACAGAUAAAGUGUCAUCUGUGUUUCUUGCAUCUCUGAAUCUACUUCGAAUGAUUCUGAGUGAGUUUAUUCCCAACCAUCAGCUGGGCAAAUCUGAGAUCAGUCACUGUGUGGAACAGACUUGGAAUAAUCUGCUCUCCAGGACCGGAGAAUCAACCCUGAGACUGAGAACCCUAGCUAUUACCUUCAUACAGGAAAUGGCAUUAUUUAAGGAGGUGAGAGCUCUGCAGAUGGUUCCCGUGGAGCUCGUGAGGCCCAUGCAGAGCAGUGCACCCACCAGACUGGCGCUGAGCAGACUGGAACUGCUGGAGAAGCUUCUGGAACAGCUGGGCACCAAGGACUCUGGCUUCACCCUCGACAACGUCAUGCGGUUUCUGGCAGGUGGAUUGGAGCACAGCGCUGCCUCAGUGCGGGAACUCUCUGUGAGAGUUGUCCAGGCUAUGUACCAUCUUCAUGGAAAAGCAGUUCUGAAUUAUCUGCCACCUGAUGACACCAGCACACGUAAAAAUGUCCUCUACAAGAACCUUUUUGACUCACUUGCCAAGUUAGAUGGAAACACCAUCAAUACACAGAAGCCACAAAAAGGGGCAGAAAAAGGAGAUGGUGAGAAAGAAAAAGAGGAAAUCAGGAGCUUACAAGAGCAGCUUGCAGUGCUGAAGGAGAUCAGUGAGAAAGGGAAAGAAAAUACCAAAGUACCUGAGAAAAAAGCUGAGAAGGCAACCAAAUCAGGUGUUAAGAAGGUAAACCAGUCUGUACCUGCUGAUGUGAAAGGCAGCGAACCAUCUGUAGCUAACUUCUUAGACAAUCUGUGUAUUUUCUGUGGAGAGAGAGAUGAAUCAUUCACUGAGGACGGACUCGACCUGCACUACUGGAAACACUGUCCGAUGCUGCAGCGCUGCCUUCAGUGCAGACAGGUGGUGGAGAUUGCAAGCCUGACAGAGCACUUGCUGACUGAAUGUGAGCGGCGGGCAGAUUUCACCCAGUGUCCUCUCUGCUCCGAAGCUCUCACCCGAGAUAAGCUAACUGAACAUGCUCAAAGCGCUGCAUGCAAUCCAACCGCUUCUGGAGAAAAUUGUAACCACUGUCCUCUCUGCCAUGAAAACGUCACCUCAGGGGAGGAGGGCUGGAAGUCUCACCUCAUGGGAAUUGAGGGUUGUAAACAGAACUCACGGAGGAGAGCGGUACAGCAGAGCACUCUCACACACGCACAAGGAAAGACAGUCAGCACAGCUAUAGCUAAGACAACAACGGUCAUAUCCGAGUCCAAGACUCGAGGGCUGGGCAGAGGCAGUCGCAUCCCCGCUCCUGCUUCUAGGAUCAACAGACGCACCAGAAUUCCUCCAGAGGGCAAAGGCUAAUUAAAGCAGCAGAACUGCCUUGGUGCUUCUCAGAGAAUCGGGACUUGGAACAGAGAUGUUGCCAAUAAAUGAGGUCACUGCUGGGAGAAUAAAGAGCCAUAAGGGAUGAUGAUGCUAUUAAGACUCUUAUUUCAUAUGUUUGUUCUUUGUAUUUGCUUCAGUAUUAGAGAAACUCUUGGCCCUGUUUGUUGGCGCCUAAACUUUUUUUUGUCUAGUGUGUGAUGUGUUAAAUCACAGGGUAUGAUCUGCAUCAAACUAUGCUGUUCUAUUGAUUGUGUUAUAAAAGUAAUGAUUUAGUCCAGUCAUGCUUAUAAAAUCAUUGAGACCGAAGAUAUGAAACAUUAUGAUAGACAGUCUGAGUGGAAUAGGCUGAUCCUGUGCCUGAAAUAUAAGCCAUAAUGUAACUUUUUAAAUUAUUUGCAUAGAGUGAUGAUUAAACACAAGUAUAAAGUCAGUUUCCCUAUUGUGUGAGCCAGGGAGGGAAUUUUUAAAGGUACAACCCCAAUAGGCUUUAACAGUAUGUUAAACCGGAAUAAAACAAACCAGUUUAAAACUGAUUGUGAUCUCAGCAGAGGCGUUUCUUUUUAAGAAUGUCUUCUGGAGUCAUGGCUGACAUUAUGCAUUGUCUAGCUCCUACAGCUCACCGCUGAGACAUCCAUUAUAUAUAACUGACAUAAAUCAACCCCUGCAGACAUGAUUCACUUAUGUGGCUUUAUAGAGAUGUCUAAUAUUUAAAUAUCACUUAUUUAUUAAAUAAGUCAACCUAAUCAAUUAUUUCAGAGUGGAGAGAGUGCUGUAAAAAAACACUCAAUUUUUUGCACAGAUGACUGACACACAUACCCAAUAGUAUAAAUUUUUCAGUCAAAAUU